AUGGAUACAAGAGUUCCGUUGUCACAUUCCUUAUGGUCUCCAUAUGACACUGUUAAGGAUUCAGCCGACUCGAUGGGAAUCAAUCUCCCUGAUGAAUCGGCAAAGAAUUUGGCCAUGGAUGUCGAAUACAGAAUCCAUGAGAUUCUCGAACUUGCAAUCAAAUUCAUGCGUCAUUCGAAGCGCAAGACUCUUAUGACUACCGAUAUUGACUAUGCGUUGAAAGUGCUUAAUGUGGAGCCAUUAUAUGGGUACGAUAACUCACAGCCAUUAACAUUUAAGGAAACUAUGGUUGGCGCAGGAGGUCAAACACUAUACUAUAUCGAUGACCACGAAGUUGAGUUUGAAAAAUUGAUCAACCAGGAAUUGCCAAAAAUCCCACGUAAGACUACAUUUACUGCACAUUGGCUUGCUAUUGAAGGUGUACAGCCCAUGGUACCUCAAAAUCCACUUCCAUCUGAAAUCAAAAAUCUACCGCCAGCCGUUAGAGGAGCAACAUCAACUUUCUUGGGUAACGACGUCUUGGCACUUGGUGUAUCUAAUGAUGGUAAAGAUGGUGGCGGUAGUGGUGGUGUUGGUGUGUCAAAGAAGAAAGCGGGAACGGCAACAUCAACAUCAACAACGGAACGAGAUUUCGAAACUAAACCGUUGGUUAAACAUGUAUUAUCAAAAGAACUCAAAUUGUAUUUUGAUAAAGUGGUGGAGGUGUUGGUGAGUUCUGACCCAGAGAAGGAAAGUUUAAAGAAUGCUGCCUUGACGUCAUUAAAGUCUGAUCCAGGUUUGCACCAGUUGGUGCCAUAUUUUAUUCAAUUUGUGGCUGAACAAAUUACAAACCAAUUACGAAAUAUUGAGAUUUUGUCAACUAUGCUUGAAGUCAUCUCUGCGUUGGCUGAUAACAGGACAAUUUUUUUGGACCCCUAUGUUCAUGCUUUGAUGCCCUGUAUACUUACAUUGCUUCUUGCCAAACGAAUUGGCCCUGUAGUGAAGGACAAUUCGCCUGAAUGCGAAGACACGCUCAGAAGCCAGUUGGCAAUACGAGAGUUUGCUGCUAUAUUGUUGGAGCACGUUAUCAAGACUUAUGGAUCAUCAUAUUCGACACUUCGUCCUAGAGUCACAAGAACCUUAUUGCGAGCGUUACUAGACUCGACAAAGCCUGUGGGAACACACUAUGGAGCAUUAUUGGGACUCAAAAAUCUCGGAAGCGAAGUGCUCAAACUUGUCUUAGUGGGCAAUUUGAAAGUAUGGUACAGGACCAUCAUUGAAGAAAAUGAGCUGGAGCUAGAGAAGGAGAUUUUAGUUAACACGGUUAUAGACAUUCUUAGAAGCUUAAAAGUGAAUCUUGAGAUUGGUGGUGUCAGUAAUGGUAAUGGUACUGAUAAUAACAAGAAUGAUUAUGUUAAUAAUAAUAACAAUACUAAUAAAGAUGGUGAUGGUGAUGAUGAUGAUGAUGAUGCGAUGGAAGUAGAUGAUAUCACAGAAGAAUUAAAAGACAAAUUACGCAAAAGGUUGGGAGCGCCACUUUCAGAAAUUGUUUUAGCGCAAGGAGAUGCAAAGGACAUAGUUAAAGGUAUUUUCUUUGGCGAGGUUAGUUAG